AUGAAGACCGAUCAGACUGUGGAGUCUAAAGCAACAAACUCCAGCGAUGGAUCCCAGAGCCCUACUACAGCUCCUGCCAGGAGGGCCUAUUCAAUCAAGGAUCACUGGAAGUGCCUUGCAGCCUGUACCCUUGUCUCUAUGUGCCCUUUCCAAUAUGGACUGGAUUUCGGCCUCAUAGGAGGCCUACAGGCCAUGAUUGGCUUCCUCAAGGCAAAGACCCCGCUGGGCUGGAACCUCUCGACGGAGCGCCAACAGCUUAUUUCGUCUCUCAUGACCCUCGGCGCGUUCCUGAGUUCAUCAACCGCAGGCCCAAUUGCCGCCUUCAUGGGCCGCAAGCCGAGUAUCUGGUCCGCCAGCCUGCUGUGCUGUAUCUCGAAUGUCAUCAUGAUGGUAACAACCAAUAUCAACGCUAUAUACAUCGGUCGUCUGCUGCUUGGGUUGGCGAAUGGCCUCUUCAUGACAUUCUCGCAGCUGUACAUCCAGGCAAGUCUCGCAGCCUAUGCAGCACGUCAAUGGAAGUCGCCACUGACGGCGUCUUUGAAUAGGAAUCUGUUCCGGCACGAUACCGAGGUCUAA